AUGGACACCAAACCUCAAUCGAAGGACUCGAUGAAAUCCACCUGGCGAACGGCAGAUCGCACACAAUGGAAUCACCACCACUGGGCCCUUGAGAUCCUUAACGCCCACCCGAUCGCCCUAGACAAAGACGUCCCAGUACACAGCAAAGAUGAAAAGAUCCCGUACAUGCCACAAUGGUCCCUCCAACGAUGGGUUCUAUUCUACUCCGCACUCCCACUCAUCCUCCACCAAAGCAUCAUGAUGUACACAGGCCACACCCUAGGCCCCAUAACAACAUUCAACCUGUACUUCUUCGCCUUCAACGCAACAGUCAUCUACCAGGUCCACGUUCUCCGCCGCCUAGGUCACAUCCACGGCUUCCUAGAUGGUGACAAGCAUGAACGUGACGGCGUCCCAGACGUCGGCGUCGGCAAGGUGGUAACCUCACUGUACAAAACCACCGGAUCCCGCCUCAUCCUCUCCGUCUACCUCGCCUACAAUCGCAACAUGCUCCCAUCUGACUUGAACUGGCUCUGGCUGCCCCUUGAGAUCGGACUAUACGGCAUUGUUCUCGACUUCUGGUUUUACUGGUACCACCGUCUUAUGCACGAUGUCAGCUUCCUUUGGAAGUUCCACCGCACGCACCAUCUCACUAAACACCCCAACCCACUCCUCACCGCAUAUGCAGACCAUGAACAAGAGUUCUUCGAUAUGGUCGGGGUGCCGAUGAUGACCUAUUUGAGUUUGAAGCUUAUGGGUCUACCUAUGGGUUUCUACGAAUGGUGGAUCUGUCACCAGUAUGUGGCGUUUGCGGAGGUAUUCGGACACAGUGGCUUGCGGUUGCAUAUGACUGUGCCGUCAACGCUGAGCUGGUUGUUGCAGAUGCUCGAUUGCGAGAUUGUGAUCGAGGAUCAUGAUUUGCAUCAUCGGAAGGGCUGGCGCAAGAGCCAUAAUUAUGGCAAGCAGACUAGGCUCUGGGAUCGGAUUUUCGGGACUUGCACUGAGCGGAUUGAAUCUGUGGAGACGAAUGUUGAUUAUAGUGAUAGGGUCACGAUGCCUUUAUUCUAG